GCACUGUCUGCUAGCUCCAUAUCCAUCCCCUCCGAUCCGGCGCAUGCACAGGAAAAUGAGUUUUCUCCGUGGACUUUUCAGAUCUUCGAAACAAAUCCGUAGAGUGCUUGUCGGUACUGAUGAUUUGGGAAAUAAGUAUUAUGAACUACCUGGACACACAAAUAAACAAGGUCGUGUAAUCAAACCCAAGAGGAGCGUGGAAGCAGUUGUUAGUCAUCAUGAGUACGAAGCAGGAAUGGUACCCAUUGAAUGGGAAGCUUGGGUGAGAGGUAAAAGGGAGUUACCCCCGAGUGAAGAAGAGAUUGCAAGGAGAGAAGAACAGACUCGGAUUAUCAAACUCAGGGCAGCAGAUGUGGAAUUCAAGGAUAAACAGAGACAAGAAAAGGAGUAUGAAGAAGGGUUGGUUGCCAAGCCAGUACAAGUUACUGCUAAAGGUCAUGCAUCAGCACCUGUGUACGAGAAGAUUGAUUCUGGAUCGGAGGCAGUCAGUACCGGUAAGGAGUUUGAACCAGCGGCUUGGAAGCCAUCCAAAACUUGACCUAGAUUAUAUGAUCUGGCUUCUACCUUCGAACAGGGAAGGGUUUGCGUGAACACCUUCUUGACCAGGAUUUUAGCUGAAUUAGUACCUUUGAACACAUGGCGAGGAAUUGAUUAUGAACAUUCAAAAGGUUGAAAGAAUCAAAGUCUGAUUAAAAUACUCUCCAGCAUCAGCUCUCCUUGGGAAUUUUGACACCAUUCGCCCAGUAACAAACAACUGUUGUUCAUCAUCUAGAGAGCAGGCUGCAGAGUAAUUUUUCAUUAUCGAGCCUGGCUACUUUUCACAACCUACUGCCUAAAUCUGCAAUGUUGGAAAGCUUUGACAUUGCAGUGAAUGGGAAUUUUCUGCAUGUCUACUUUCUAUUUUCCAGGGCUCUUUUGAGCAAAUCAGGAGCGAAAAUCACCCCAAGCCCCCAUGUAAUGUUUUCCCUGCUAGAGGGAAUUCAGUUUUAGGACUUUUUUAUGCCUGGGGCCCGUUCAUAAAGAGUUGCAACUGUUGUAACUUUGCCAUUAUGGCAACUCCCAUUGAAACCUUGAUUCUGAUUGGCUACUGAGCCCUGUUACCAUGGGAGUUGCCAUAAUGGCAAAGUUACAACAGUUGUAAGUCCUUUAUGAAACGGGCCCCUGGUUAUGCUCUAUAUUGACUCCACCUAUCACCUAAUAUGGUGAAAUUGUUAAAUUCCCACUUUGUCUUGCCCAGCAAUACCAAGAUCAUGCCCAGGACUGUUUGUGAUGUGAGAUGCUAUUUGGCUGAACCCCAAAGAUACAGCGAUAUCACAUAUAUUUCCAGAGCUUCCCCCAAAGUCUGGAGUCGGCUAAUUAUCAUCCACUCCACAUGAAAGUGCUAAUUGCCCUUUGAAGAAAACAAUAUUACAGGAUUCUAUCAUACUGUUGAUUCCACCCUCCUACUAAAUAAUAGUGACUUCCCUACUGGAACAGAUGACAAGGAUUUUAUUGUUAACUUUGGAGAGCUGUCUAGGAUCGAGUCAAACUUGGAUUUGAGUAAAUGUAAAUCAGUCAAGAUUCCCUAUUUCUUUGAGUAGACUGCAAAGAUUUUAUCAUGAUUAACUAAGGAAAAUGUGUAAUAAGAAUUUAAACUACUCUGGAUUUAACUUAUUUAGAUGUUAUUAUGGUCUAAAAAUAAAAAUAUAAGUUUUUGAGAGGAUGCUCAUCAGAUUUCAAUAAUUAUACAAUUUGUUAGUGUGUGUGUACUGUGCAAACUGCAGGUUAUCGAGCAAUGUAGAGAGAGGGGGACAGAUAGAGGAGAGAAACGGAGAAGGGGGGGGGUGCUGGGAGCAGUGGGGGUUAGUGUAUUUGAACUGAUAUUUAUGCAACUUUGCUAAUUUCUGUUUGGUCUAAUUCUAAAAAUUCUAUGGUAAUCUUAGUUAAUCCAAAACCAAUUCGUCUUCAAUUGCCAUUGAGCUCAUUCACCAAUUUUGUCUAUAUGACAAGAUGAACAGUUUAUGAACCAAAUGUUAAUUUGACAAAGCUCCAAGUAAUUAACAUUAACAAGAGUAUUUGAACAAGUACUUGACCAAAUUGAUAAUAGACCAAGUGGGUCAUGAAUAUGUUAACACGAUCUGAUAAUUACUUAGACCAUCUGGAAGUAGACCAAGUGGAUACAGAAAUGAGACUAGCGGGAAGUCCACCCCAAUGAAAAGUUGAUUUAAAUAAUGCCAAAAGUUCCUGAAAAAUCAUAUAUAAAAUGAGAAAGUUACAUGUAUAAUUUAAAGUUUUGUUCAAUUUCACUAAACAGUUUACAUGUAUAUGUAUCGGUAGGCAGAUGACUGAACCGACAAUGUCACCGAUUCAUUAUUUCUUUUGUAUGUUGUACGAAAUAUUAAAAUUGUCUUUUCAUCAUGUGAAA